UCCUACAUCAGAGCACAGGCAUGGCUUGUAAACACACGUGACAAGUGCUGUUAGUGUGCUUUCUGUCAGUGUCACUCCUCGGGUGUUAGAGGCUGGGGGGAAUUUAGCUGGUCGACCACGCUAUUUGUUAUAAAGACAGAUAGGAUCCGCCGACUGGACCAAAUCACUCCUAGAAGUAUAGAAAUCCUCCGUUGAAACAUGAUGUCUGUAUUGGGAAGGGCGACUCGGCUCAUUCAAUUUGCCAGGUGCAGUAACGCCGUAAGCCUGAGUGUUUCGACACCUCUCAGAAGACAGUCUAGUAGUGCAACCGUUGCAGCCUUCGCCCAGCCAGCCUCCACAGCGACCCCAGAAGCGGUAGAAAACAGAAAGCCCAAAACGGGGAUCCUAAUGAUGAACAUGGGAGGACCUGAGAAACUGGACGAUGUUCACGAUUUCCUGCUGCGCCUCUUCUCCGACACCGAUCUGAUGAAGCUUCCUGUUCAGAAUCGACUUGGGCCCUUCAUAGCGAAGCGGCGCACCCCUAAGAUCCAGGAGCAGUACAGCCGGAUCGGAGGAGGCUCUCCUAUCAAGGCCUGGACCACCAUGCAGGGGGAGGGCAUGGUCAAACUGCUGGAUGAGAUGUGUCCGGAAACAGCGCCUCAUAAGUUCUACAUCGGGUUCCGCUACGUGCAUCCUCUGACGGAGGAGGCUAUUGAGGAGAUGGAGAAGGAUGGAGUAGAGAGAGCAGUGGCUUUCACACAGUACCCACAAUACAGCUGUUCUACCACAGGCAGCAGUCUGAACGCUAUCUACCGAUACUACAGCAGCAGAGGAGACAGGCCUAAGAUGAGGUGGAGUGUCAUCGACCGCUGGCCCACACACCCCCUAUUGGUCGAGUGUUUCUCCCAGCAUGUCCUCAACGAGCUGCAGAAGUUUCCCUCAGAGAAGAGGGACGAUGUGGUUAUCCUGUUCUCAGCUCACUCGCUACCCUUGUCUGUGGUGAACAGGGGAGACCCGUACCCUCAGGAGGUUGGGGCCACUGUGCAGAGAGUCAUGGAGAGACUAGGGCACUGUAAUCCUUACCGCCUGGUCUGGCAGUCCAGGGUCGGUCCUAUGCCGUGGCUGGGCCCUCAGACAGAUGAUGUCAUCAAAGGUCUGUGUGAACGGGGGAAGAAAAACCUGCUGCUGGUCCCCAUCGCCUUCACCAGCGACCACAUCGAAACGCUGCAUGAACUGGACAUCGAGUACUCUCAGGUGCUGGGAGAGGAGGUACGUGUCUGUGUGAGCUGGACAUCGAGUACUCUUGAUGGGAGAGGAGGUACGUGUCUGUGUGAGCUGGACAUCAAGUACUCUCAGGUGCUGGGAGAGGAGUGUGGCGUAGAAAACAUCAGAAGGGCUGAAUCUCUGAAUGGAAACCCAAUAUUUUUCCAGGCUCUGGCAGACCUGGUCCAAACCCACCUGAGGUCAGGCGAGUCCUGCUCCCGUCAGCUCACCCUGCGCUGCCCACUGUGUACCAACCCCACCUGCGGAGAAACCAAGGCCUUCUUCGCUAAUCAGAAAUGACCCUCCUCUUCCUCCUCAACCGUUUUCUAGUGUUGCAAACUGCAGAUAACUAUCCCCCCCCCCCACCCUCAAAAAAAAGUCCUGAUUUCCCUGAAAUCCUAUUUGAAGGAUUCCGGACUUCCUACUUAUUUCUUCCUGAUUCCUGGAUACUUCCAAUCGGGAUUUCUAGAACAGCUGGGAAUUCUGAGAGUCACCUACCUUCUACCCAUCUGUUACUACGGGACAGAGCACACGUUUCCAAGUAACUACCAGAAGAAGAAGAAGCAGACAAUCUAGGAAAGAAGCUGUCUAUACGCAUCGCAUUAAAGCUAUAAGACAAGUAGAGUUGCACUUAUUUUGCCCCCCCCCCUCCUCCCCUGUCCCCUCCCCCGUCCUGUCCCCUACCCCCCCCCCUCCCCCGCCCCCCCCCCCCCCCCCCCCCCGUCCUGUCCCCUCCCCUGUCCCCUCCCCCGUCCCCUCCCUCGUCCCCCCCACCACUCACAUUCCAUCUGUUGAAUCCCUGGAAAACUAUGUCCAUUCAUCCCUCCAUCCUCUUUCCAGGAAGAUAAACUGGACUGUAUCCUUUCUGACCUGGUGCUUGUCCAGUUGGUUUGUACGUCAUGCUCAGGGACAGUGGUGAAGCGUGUCUCCCCCCCCCCCCCCACCCCAUUCUGGUAUGUCAUCCACAGUGUCUCUUUGAGAACCUCUCUGAAGCCUGGUGGACUGUCCCCUGCUUUGAGAACCUCUCUGAAGCCUGUUGGACUGUCCCCUGCUUUGAGACCCUCUAUCUCCUCUCGGCCUCUAGAGAAUCCCUGCUUCCAUCUUUGUAGAGGCACUGCUCAUCCAGAGUCGAUGCUCUUAACUUUCCCACCCAGCAGCCUCCUCUGACCUCUCACCUCUCCGCUGACCUCUAAUCUGUUAUAGGGAACCAUAAUCCCUGGUUAAACUUCCACAAACUUCCGCUGGCCUCUCACCUCCCCCAUCCCUCUCUCUCCCUGGCUGACCUCUCACCUCCCUUCUGCAGUGUCCCCCAUCCCUGUCUCUCCCCGACUGACCUCUCACCUCCCCCAUCCCUGUCUCUCCCGGCUGACCUCUCACCUCCCCCAUCCCUGUCUCUCCCCGGCUAACCUCUCACCUCCCCCAUCCCUGUCUCUCUCCCCGGCUGACCUCUCACCUCCCUGCUUCAGUGUCCCCCAUCCCUGCCUCUCUCCCCGGCUGGCCUCUCACCUCCCCCAUCCCUGUCUCUCUCCCUGGCUGACCUCUCACCUCCCUGCUUCAGUGUCCCCCAUCCCUGUCUCUCUCCCCGGCUGGCCUCUCACCACCCCCAUCCCUGUCUCUCCCGGCUGGCCUCUCACCUCCCUGCUUCAGUGUCUCCCAUCCCUGUCUAUCCCGGCUGACCUCUCACCUCCCCCGUCCCUGUCUCUCUCCCCGGCUGACCUCUCACCUCCCUCAGCUCUGAACCUGUUACCGGUCUAACUAUGGGCUCCAUGGCCUCAUCCAUCUAACCUGAGCUGUGUUGUAGCUGCUGCUGUUUAGACAGACAGACACAUUCUUAGCGACGAGCAGCGUUGACGUGCUUCUCCCGUUGUCCUCGGUCGGUCGGAGUAACAUGACAUAACGUGCCUUUUUUUACACUUGCUCUUCGAACAUUGAUUCAACUCUGUGCUUUUUUUAAAUUAUUUUUACAUGUAAUAUACUCAUGUGAAAAUUUACCCGGGUCGUGUUCAUCUGGGCACACCGUAACUAAACGUUUUAAAUCAUUUCCUAAACCCCCCCCCCCCCCCCCAACAAAAAAAAAGUAAAUGAGGGUCUCUUAUUGGACAAGUUGGAGACUCUGUUUUCAGCCGUUUUCUUCUGUUACCUGCCUGCUGAACACAAUCCCCAUUUUCUAAUGUAUUUAAAGAAGUCAUCUGUAAAUCAUGUUGAAUAAUCUUGGAUGUGUGGAUACUAUAGUUUAAAUAAGACAUACCAUCUCCAUUGUUGAAAAGUCGUUUCUGAUUGGGUUUGAAGAGAAUUCUAGAGCGUGCAUUACUUCCCUAUAACGCACGGUAUAUCAGCACGGUUGAAUUCAAUGACUUUCGUUCACUCUUACAUGUUUGGUUUUAAGGUGCUUUUGAAAUCAAAAGUCAAAUUGAGAACAGUAUUGGCAGUGUUGAAUUCAAUUUUCAUCCUAGCAAACUAAGACUGAUAGUUUGGUUCGCUAAACUAAGCAAGUCUGUCUGUUUUGGUUACCACAGCAACUACUGUAGCUAUCCGGUCAACUUGCUAGCUUCUUCAGUGGACGUUGAACACAAUAUCUACCCGCAAAUGUGUUCAAUUACAGCCAAUGGUAUCGAAGGGAUAAAUCAACUCGGGGGAGGCUAUAUGCGUUCUCUGGAAAUUAACCUCCCACGGAAUUGCAUUAAGUCCACUCUGCUAGCACGUCGUGGGAACGCACUUUUUCACGUCGUUAAUUAUUUUCCAUAGAACACACAGCCCCUCAUUGAUUAUCCCUUACAUAUAUGAUUUGUGUGUGUGUGAAUGUAUAGUGAAGAGAUGCGGCUUCAUGUUACAUCGUUGUCAUUUUUUUUUUUUAAUAAGUAUAUUUAUUUCUGUCUGUCAUAAAACACCACCUGCUCUGCUGUUCAAAAUGUGUUAUAUAAUUUUUACUGGAAUACAACAUUAACAACAAGUCUUCCACGACAUCUAAUAAAAAUGGACAACAUUAAAAA